UGAACUGUUUGCUUAAAAUGCAAUUUGAUGUCGUUUCUUCGUAGCAUCCGAAAAGGGCUAUCCUAAUUAUACUGCUGAAUACUCAGUGGGGAUACCUUUAGCAGAGCUUUAAGCAGAGCCUUUGUUUAGCUAGCUGCCACGGUAAUGGUCAUUCAGUUGCGCCUUCUUUGUUUUUCGAACUGUCCGGUUAUCUAGUCACUUGUUACUUUGUUUUAUGUUAUUUUGUUUUCUAGAUUCCCCAAGGAAUGGUACCUGUGCUGGUGGCGCUGCUGUUUCUCUGUCUCUGUGCUGAGGCUGUGGACCGCAGCAACUUCAAAACAUGCGAUCAGAGUUCCUUUUGCAAGCGUCAAAGGGAGCUGAAACCAGGUCAGUCUCCAUACAGAGCUCUGCUAGAUACCCUGGAGCUCAGUGACUCCAGGAUCACCCUGCAGCUCAUCAAUGACAUUAAUAAGGUUCGCCUGCUGCUGGAGCUGUAUAGGCUGCAGGGCAACAUGACGCGUGUUAAAAUUAAUGAGCUGAAACCUCUCAGACCUCGUUAUGAGGUUCCUGAUGUCCUCAUCGCUGACCCCCCUGCUGAACCCAUGGCGGUGGUGUCCCGGGACGAGAACGGCGUGGUGCUGUCACUUGGGCCAGAUGAGCAGCGGCUCAUUGUCAGUGCCCAGCCCUUCCGCCUUGACAUCGUGGAGGGUCCCCAGGUGCUGCUCUCCCUUAACUCCCGUGGCCUGCUGUCCUUCGAGCACCUGCGUGUACGCAAGGACACCAUCUCCCAUAAAAUAACUAGCACAGUCAGUAGCAUGUGGGACUCGAUCAAGAACGUUUUCUCUAGCAAACAUGAGCCCAACACAGAGGAAAACGGAAGGCCAGAGAAUACAGAGAAGGUAGAUGAUAAGGAUGGCCAGGAAGUGAGCGAGGAGGAAGAUAAGCCUGGCAUGUGGGAAGAGACGUUUAAAACCCACAGUGACUCAAAACCCAAUGGACCAACUUCCAUCAGUUUAGAUUUCUCUUUUCCUGGUGUGGAGCACGUGUACGGCAUCCCGGAACAUGCGGACACUCUUAAACUCAAGAACACAGAUGGGGGUGACCCGUAUCGCCUGUAUAACUUGGACGUGUUCCAGUAUGAGCUGCACAACCCCAUGGCCCUGUAUGGCGCCGUACCUGUCCUCGUAUCCCACAAUUCCCAGCGCACCAUGGGCAUCUUCUGGCUCAACGCAGCCGAGACCUGGGUGGACAUUAGCUCCAACACAGCAGGCGAGACAGGUUCAAGUGAUGCCCCUCAGACAGACGUGCGCUGGGUUUCGGAGAGCGGCAUUAUCGACGUCUUCAUUAUGCUCGGACCCAGACCCAAUGACGUCUUCGCACAGUAUGCCUCAUUGACAGGCACGCAGGCCUUCCCCCCACUCACCGCGCUCGGCUACCACCAGUGCCGCUGGAACUACAACAACCAGGAAGACGUGAAGGCCGUGGACCAGGGCUUCGAUGAGCACGACAUUCCCUACGACUUCAUUUGGCUGGACAUCGAGCAUGCCGACGGCAAGCGCUACUUUACCUGGGACCCACAGAACUUCCCCCAGCCCAAAGAGAUGCUGCAGGGACUCAUGGACAAGAAACGGAAGAUGGUCACCAUCGUCGAUCCCCACAUCAGAGUGGACAGUGGCUACAAGAUUCACAACGAGCUCCGCUCCAAAAACCUUUAUGCUAAGAACAAAGAUGGUGCAGACUUUGAAGGCUGGUGCUGGCCAGGAAACUCUGGCUACCCUGACUUCACCAACCCUGAAAUGAGAGAGUGGUGGGCGAGCAGGUUCUCCUACAACCAGUAUGAGGGCUCCAUGGAGAACCUGUACACGUGGAAUGACAUGAACGAGCCGUCGGUGUUCAACGGGCCAGAGGUGACCAUGCACAAAGACGCGCUCCACGGCAGCUGGGAGCACCGAGACUUGCACAACAUCUAUGGCCUCUAUGUGCAAAAGGCAACCGCUGAAGGCCUGAUCCAGCGCUCCGGCGGCGUGGAGAGGCCCUUCGUUCUCACCAGAGCCUUUUUCGCAGGAUCUCAGCGCUACGGGGCGGUAUGGACAGGUGAUAACGCAGCCGAGUGGGGCCAUCUGAAGAUCUCCAUACCCAUGUGUCUGAGUCUGGGAUUAGUAGGCAUCUCCUUCUGUGGAGCUGACAUUGGGGGUUUCUUUAAGCACCCUGGCCCCGAGCUGCUGGUGCGCUGGUACCAGGCAGGAGCGUACCAGCCGUUCUUCCGAGGCCACGCCCACAUGGACACCCCGCGGCGCGAGCCAUGGCUGUUUGGCCCGGACAACACAGCCCUGAUCCGCGAGGCCAUUCGCCAGCGCUAUGCCCUUCUGCCCUACUGGUACCAGCAGUUCUACAAUGCACACCGCACCGGGCAACCAGUCAUGAGGGCUUUGUGGGUAGAGUAUCCUGAAGAUCAAACCACUUUUGCCAUUGAGGAUGAAUACUUAAUUGGUAAAGAUCUGCUGGUGCAUCCGGUUACUGAUGAAGGUGCCAAGGGAGUCACCGCCUACUUACCUGGGAAAGGAGAGAUCUGGUAUGAUGUCCACACAUUCCAGAAACACAAGGGGGCCCAGAACCUUUACAUUCCAGUCACCAUGAGCUCGAUUCCAGUGUUCCAGCGCGGCGGCUCCAUCAUCAGUAGGAAAGGCCGCGUGAGGAGAUCCUCCACCUGUAUGGAGAAUGACCCCUACACCCUCUACGUAGCCCUUAGCCCUGAGGGGACAGCUGAAGGAGAGCUCUACAUCGAUGACUUCCACACCUUCAACUAUCACAAAGAGAAGCAGUUCAUCUGUAGGCGGCUGCACUUUUCUGAUAAUGCACUUACUUCCAGUAAUCUUGCCCCAGACUCAAAGUUCACAACCGCAGCAUGGAUAGAGAAGGUGUUCAUUCUGGGAGCCCCUCGCCCUGCUUCUGUUUCUCUGACGACUGCAGAUGGAAAGGAGUCUGCUGUGGAGUUUGAGUUUGAUUCUGCUGCAUCAGUGUUAAUUCUGCGCAAGCCUGGAGUCAACGCAGGGGCUGACUGGACUGUGCUGCUGCAGUAACCCCGAGGCGUAUGCAUCUGAUCUCGCGCGCACACACAGUGACUACAGUACCAGAAGUGAGGGCACAAACUUUCUGACUAAUACAUUAUCUUUUUGUCUCACACCCACCUACACAUGGAGUGAUUUGGCAUUAGCAAUGUGAGAUAUGAGAUCAUCCAUUAAAGAGAUUUAAUCCAUUAAAGAAAUGGAUGUAAAUUCCUUUUGUAUCAUUGUCUUCACUGGGCUCUUUCAAUUAACUGCUAGACAGUUAAUUUAUUUUAGCAAAAUUUGCUUAAGUUUUAAACCAGAGAAGUAGCUAUAGAGCUUGCUGGUAGUUUAAUGGAGUUGUCUCCAAUUACAAGUGAACAAAUUUGACACUCAGAUGCAUAAAAAUGACAUUAAAUAUGAAACAUGGAACCUUUUUAUGCUGAUACAAUACAUUUUCUGUCAUAAAAGAUGUUGCGAUAUUUUCCCCAAAAUCAUUGCUUAAAUAUUACAUUGUUCAAUUAUUAAUGUGAAGUAAAUGGCCUCAAACAUAACCCCUACAUUAUUUGAGAUAUUUACUAACCUCACCCUGGUUUACUCUUUUAUAUUAUUUCUGUUCCACUGCUGAACUCCCAAAAUAACUUUAAUAGAAUUGACUAGAGAUACUUAAUAGUAAUUGACUAGAGAUACAUAAUUCUUGUGCGUUUCCUGAUUAGUCUGAUUUGUAUUUACCUUCUUGGACAUCCUUCUGUUUUCAUGUUUUCUGUUCACAGUUAAAGAACAGGUGUGGUUUUAGCUGCUUAAAAUGCUGAAAGCACUGAUCUCUCUGAUCAACAAAUUUAUAGUUUCAGGAUGCACACAGCUUCUCAGUCACUGAAAACUGCAGACAUUUGAUUAAACAGGAUUACAAUCGCUCAAUUAUGGUGGUGUUAUGAAUGGUUAAGAACAGCUCUGUAAAUUCAGAAGUUUUAUAAUCACCUGACUUUGUGGAGUAACAGACAGGAAUGAGUAAUUUAGUUGCAGAUACUAUACACAAAUCUUUAGUGACAAAAUUGUUAGCAUGCACCAGAAUUACAAAUUAAAUGGUUUAUGGAAAAAGUAGCAUAACCAGGGAUUUGAUUAUUGGUUAUGUAUGUUAAGAUGUCAUUUUAACAUGUUCUUGUUGCAUUGGUAAAUCUGGCUCACUGUGUUAAUGUCUGUUUCCUUGGCGAAUGGAUGAAAUAAAGAUGCUAUGUCCCAUCA